CUGAUAUUCGGUUAAAGUAGAAAAACUCGAAAAAUAAUUUUCAAAAACAUUGUAGUGGAAUUUUUUAUGUCUAUAAGUAUUUAAAAAAAUUUUUUGGAAAACCAAUUUUAUCUAUAUCAAAUUGCUAACAAUGGUUAACUUCGAAUUACUUAUAAAUGCAAUUAAAUUGGAAAAUUAUAUGCACAUGUUAACAGAUUUAACAAAAAAUGAAAAAAUAGCCUUUUUUGGCAAAAUUUGUGCUGACAACAAUAUUUUAGAAGAUAUAACUAGAUCGGUAAUUGGAAAUCGGAAAGAUAAUGAAGUGUCGGAAAAACUCAGACUAAAAGGGAAUCAAUAUUAUCAACAGCAAGAUUUCAAAAAUGCAAUUGAAUUAUACAACAAAAGUAUAUGCUAUGCUAAAGCAAAUUCAAAAAAUCUUGCACAAGGAUAUUUAAAUAGAUCAGCAAUUUUGAUGCAAAUUAAAGAUUAUGAUAAAUGUUUAAAAGAUAUUGAAAAAGCAAAAUUUAUAAAAGUAGAAUUGCCUCCAAAGAUUUUAGAAAUUCUUAUUACAAGAGAAAAAAAAUGUUUGGAAAUCAUAAAUAGCAGUAAAACUAACAAAAAACAUGAUUUUCUGUUUAAUUUCAAAUUAUCUUAUCCUCCAAAUCCAAAAGUUGAUUGUAUUAUUGAUGGACUGGAAGUUCGUGAUACACCUAAUACCGGUAGAGGAAUUUUUACAAAGAUACCUCUACAUCCAGGUGAUUUAAUUUUGAUUGAGGAUUUGUUUGUAGGGCACUUAUGCGAUACUAAAACGCAAUCGUAUUUACGAUGCCAUAAUUGUUUUAAGAAAAAACCAUAUUGCCUAUUUCCAUGUACUAAUUGUACUUUAACAAUGUAUUGUAGUGAAGAAUGCAUGAAAGAAGAUGAAAAUUUUCAUAAAAUUGAAUGUUCAAUAAUUCAUAUACUCGUAAAUUUUUUUCAAGAUGAAUUUACAUUGCCAAUCAAAAUGUUAAUGAAAAUUUUAAAUGAAUAUAAUUUUAAUAUCAAAAAAUGUUAUAGAGAAAAUAUAGUAAAAGAAACUAACACUUUUAAACAAAACAGUGAAGAUUAUCUAGAAAAUAUUAUAAUUAAAAGAAAUGGUUGUCUGGGAGUAAGUGAUUUACAACAAGCAGAUAUAACAAAGGCAAAAUAUUACAAGUUUUUUAUGGCUGUUGUAAUUUUGGGAUAUGUUUUAAUAGAAGAAACUUUAAAAGAAAAUAUUAGUAAUAAUAAACUUUUUGAUAAAAUGAUAUAUGAGCUACUUCUAAAGUGCGUACUACAAAUAAAAACCAAUGCUUUCCGUUUUGAUAAGAGCAUUGAAAUAUUAUUGAAUUUUGGUAGCCGCAUUAAUCAUUCCUGUGCACCUAAUUGCUUAUUACUAUACAAAGACAGAAAAGAAUAUUGUUUUGUAAUUAAAAAUAUAAAAAAAGAUGAGCAAAUAAAUAUAACUUAUGGCCCCGAGGUAUUUGAUACGCCAACUUUACAGCGAAGACAUAGUUUACUGUCGGGUCAUGAUUUUAUAUGCAAUUGCGAAUCAUGCGUUCAACAUAUUAAUAGCCUCCCAGCAUGUCGAAAUGAACAGGAAAAAAUUGAUUUCAUGAAAAUUUAUUCCAAUUUUUACACAAAUAACAAAACAAAAAAUCCAAAAAUGACCAAGGAACUACUUUUCAAAUGUUUUCAGCAUUUGCGUAAAUAUUCAAGAAAGAACAAUUUAAAUAUGUAUGUAUUUAUAACGGAAAAUGAAGUGUAUAAUUGUUUAAUUUCUUUGAGUGCAGAUGAAAGCUUACCAAUGAUUGUAGAAAGAAAUGUUCGAAAAAGUUUUGUUUGAAUUAAAAUGAAACUUUUCAUAAAAAUUUUACAAAGUGUGCUUAAA